UCUUCUGGAAAUAAAUGCGACGAUCCACAUCCAAUGAUCCAAAGGAGAUUCGUGUCACCGCUUAACUCACCACGUGUCACAAUCCUCUCCAUCUUACAUGCUAAUAAUAGAAACCAAACUUAAAUUUUAAAAUAACGUACAAAACAAAAAAGGAACAAACGAGAUUACGCCAUGUGUCCUAUCAUCUUACUCAAACCAAAACCCUUCGCGUUCAGUUACACGUAACUCCAAAGUCGCAGCCUUAUGUGUCUAACUUUAAUCGCACCGCACUUACUGACCACUCCUCACUCUCUCAUUGGUCCUUACUCCCUCCCCCUCCCCCCUCGUACUGCGAGUCUUAUGUCGGACCCAAAUACACCGCCACGUCUCUGCUCUCUCGUCCAAUCACGUCGUUGCGCUGUUCAUCGUUUGGUCUCGCACGUGGCAAAGGUUUCCCCAAACGUGUCGAACGUAACAGUUUCUUUUCUUUAUAUACUUGUACCAAACACGCUUCAUCUUCUCCAACAAAACACAAAACUUUGUUUUGGUAAUUAA